AUGUCGGCACAUGAGUAUUACAGGAAGUUUACAGACUUGUCUCGUUAUGACCCUAAUACAGAUUCCGACAACCUUCCUAGUAACAGUGAGGAUGAUGAAGAUAAGAAUGAUAAUCAGAAGAAAGAUGAUAGGGGUAAAGGUAUUUCCAUUCAGGGACCCCGUAAGACACAGAAUUUCAAGAAAAGUGGAGUGAGCUCGAGUUCUUCCAGUGGAGGAUUCACAGGCCCGAGAAGAGGUGGAAGAUUUGCUGGUGGACCCAGGUUUCAGAGACAGAGAGAUUUUGGUGGUGGUGGUGGUUUGGGUGCUCCGUUGUGCUAUCAUUGUAACUUCAGACAUCAUAGAGAGUGUAAGAGAAGUGGUGGUGGUGGUGCUUGCUACACUUGUGGACAGAUGGGACAUAGGGUUACUCAAUGUCCCCAGAGUCAGCAGAGAUCUCAACAGUCUACUAUGCCACCUCUAGCGCUGAUUCAGCAGAGCUUUGGAUCAGGCAGUUAUGCCGCCGCACAACCGCCAUGCAUGAGCCGUACCUUCUCCAACAAGAAAACCUUCGCCGCAUGCAGUACUCUGCCCGUUUUGAACUCGACGAUCCACUGGAAUUACUACCCGUCGACAGCCACGGUUGACAUUGCAUUCACACAAUCUGUGGUGAGUGACUCGAGAUGGGUUGCAUGGGCCAUAAACCCUACGUCCACUGGCAUGGUCGGUUCACAAGCCAUUGUCGCUUACAAAAGAACCGACGGAACUAUUACUGUUUACUCUUCACCAAUUAAAAGUUACGGGACACAUUUGGAACAAGGGAAUGUAAGCUUCCCUUUGUACGACGUCUCUGCGGUUUUUGAGAACAACGAAUUCAUCAUCUUUGCAACCAUAGGCCUUCCGAACAAUGUCAGCGUUGUGCACCACGUCUGGCAGCAAGGACCCAUGUUUGGUAACACCCCCGGAAUGCACUCGCUUUCAGGACCCAACGUGCAAUCCUUUGGAACCUUGGAUUUUCUUUCCGGGAAAAUUGAAACAAGCAAGGGAAGUACUUCAACGUCCGCCUUAAAAUAUGCGCAUGGAAUUAUCAAUACCAUCAGUUGGGGCAUACUUAUGCCCAUCGGCAUAAUCGUUGCACGGUAUCUCAAGACAGUCGAAGGGGCUGAUCCGGCAUGGUUUCAUGCUCACAGAGGAUGCCAAAUGCUGGCUUUUCUUGGAGGGAUUGCAGGGUGGGGAACUGGAAUUUUUCUUGGCUCUAAAUCUCCGGGGAUUCAGUACAAAGGGCAUAGAUGCAUCGGCAUCACUCUGUUUGCCCUUGCCACGAUUCAAGUAGCGGUAGCUCUUUGUUUGAGGCCGAAGAAGACAGACGAGAAUAGGAAAUAUUGGAACUGGUUUCAUUGGGUUGUGGGGUAUGGAACAAUCGUCCUAAGCAUCGUCAAUAUUUUCAAAGGAUUUGACAUAUUGGAGCCGGCCAACAAGUGGAAAUUUGCUUACAUUGCCAUCAUCGGUACUUUGGGAUGCAUCGCUGCAAUCCUAGAGCUACGAAAACUAGGCUCUUUCCUUUCGAGGUUUAGAAGCAAUCGAGCUGCAGGGCAAGAAAUAGUCGAGAGUACUCAAACAAUAGUGUAA